AUGGCGGUGAGGUCGCCUCGAGUUGUACUCGAGCGUGUCGCCUCGGUACGCCAGGAGGAACGAAUGGAGAUCGUCGAGCCGGCGCUUACGUCGUGCCGCUCACGGGAUAGUUCCGCAGGGCGGUGUCCGCGCUCUGACAGCGAUAAGCGGAGAAAGGUUGCUGAAGAGAACAAGCGCCUCACUGAGCGGCUGAACGCGCUCGAGGAGGCGCAGGGAAGUCCGUCGGAGAGGCGGACUGCCCCAGCGGCCCAAGAGAAGAGAGCGAUGAGCGCAUCAUGCUCGCCGAAACCGGCGCCGACGCCAGCGCCGAGACAGGCGCCGAAGCCGACCCCGAAGCCGGAUCCAAAACCGGCCAAGGGGAAGGCAGCUUAUAAGAAGACGCCGGCAACCGCGCCAAAUCAGGAGGCGACAGCCCUGGCACCAGCGCCACAAGAGCCGGUAGCGGGCACGUCGGAGACUGUGGAGGAUGGGUGGACCACGGUCUCCAAGAAGAAGAAGGCGCCUAAAACAAAGGCGCCGGAGCGCCCGGCGGCGAAGCCGGCAAAAACCCCUCCCGCCAAGAAGAAGGAGGGAAAAGCCGUCGACAAGGGGCCAAGAAGGAGUCGGGGAGGACGCGGCGGAGAAGGGGGCAACGACAGAGGCGUCUUGCCCGCACCGCUGCGUCGUCCUCACCAUUAG